AUGGUCAAUGGUACUUCGACCGUGUUGGAGCCGACCUUCACGGGGUACGUCGCGACAACUCAGGAUGCUCUGAUCCUCUUCGAAGCAUGCUUGGCCGGGGUGCUGCAUCAUGUGCCGCGUCGACCGCACGAUCGAGAGCGCAGCCAUCUGGUACGCAGUGGGAGCGUGUUCAUAUACGAGGAGAAUUCGUCGGGAAUCAAGCGAUGGACAGACGGCGUAACGUGGAGUCCCAGUCGUAUCCUGGGUAAUUUCCUGGUCUACCGCGAGCUGGAGAAGCCGUUCCCUCCAGGCGAGAAGAAGCGGGCGAUGAAGAAGACAACCCGGCGCCCUAUUCCGACAGGAAGACCUGGGGAGCCAUACCCGCGACAGGAAACCAACGGUGGCAGCUACUCUCCGUCACCAACGGCUGGUGGUUUCGGAGAGCGGUCUCAUCAGACGGACGUCGAGAGAGCCCUGGUUGGUUCGUUGGUGGAUUCCUACGGCUUCAAGGAUAUGGGGUUGGUAAAGAAGACAAUGAGCGUAACCGUCUCUGGCAUCACUCACCACCUUGUUUCGUACUAUAGCGUGGACGACGUGGUACGAUCGAAUCUGCUGCCACCAUCAACGGUCGAAUCACUCAAGUAUAUUCGACCCCGAGCAGAGCUGACCCAGAAACAAAGCUUCCGAGCCCCAAUUGACGAGCUCGAGCCCGUGGGAAUCGAAAACUCGAGCGAUCCAAAUCAUUCGUUCUUUUAUCGUCCUCAGAUGAUGGCACCAGCGUCAUACCCAAUGCCAACUCCCCAUACAGACUUCUAUAUGCAUCCGAACCCUUACGCGCCGGUAACACAUCCUUCACAGGCGACUCCAGUUCCCGGAUUCCCUCUUACUGGUCCAGGCCCGAACCAGCAAGCUUACCUCCCUACACCAACAGCGCCAGCGCAUAUCCCUCAACCGCAAAAGCAAGAAGAUUAUGCCCAUCUUCGCGCCCCUGCCUCGUAUGGCACUGGUUUCGAUCCGCUCAGUCACGGCGCAGGUGCACUGCCUUCCUCUAUCCCAGCCAGCAUUCCGACUCUUCCAGGAGUCAUCAACGAACGGGCCCGGUCCCAAUCGGACCAGAGUCAGUCGGCCUAUCGAAAUUCUUCGAUUUCCUCGCGAAGUGUUGCCACCGAUGCAACCUCUCCAAUGGACCCAUCGACGCCGGCCACGUAUUCACGGGGCUCAAGCUUUAGUCUAGCAGGUCAGCUAGACGGGUCUACUCACUCGCCCUUGGAACACCGUGGGAUGAGCUUUGAUGCCAGCAUUCCCCGUCGAGAAUCGCACCCCAUUUCGGCGGCCCAGUAUUAUCCUGGAAGCGAGCGUCACCAAUACUACUUGAACACUCCGGUGCCUGCCACCCACGCGAACUAUCCCGUCACGACAUGGGCAACCGCGGCUUCUGCUCAGCCGCAGAUAUGA